ACUGAAGGUGGGAAGGGUAAAAUAGUCAUUAAAUAAAACCCUAAUACAACUCCCAUUUAUUCGGUGGUGAGUGUGGUCUCCUUCCAUUCGCUGACGAUCAGAGGAAGACACGAAGCCUCCUUCCAAACCCUUCUCUGGGUAACCGUUUGAAGUGCAGCGAUGGCGGAUGGAUUGCAUUCACGGCAUCCAUCUGUAGUUCAGAAGUUAUCUGGACAGUCUUACUUUAUGUCCAGGCUUGCUCCUAAUCACUCCGGAAACAUUUCUACCAGUGGUAGUUACUUCAAUGGAGGCGUGCAGUCUCUGGGUUUGGUUCCAGUCACAGCACAUGCGCCAGCUGAGAAAGGGGUGUCUGGAUUUUUGGUGGAUUUCCUCAUGGGAGGAGUGUCAGCUGCUGUGUCCAAGACGGCUGCAGCUCCAAUCGAGCGAGUCAAGUUACUCAUCCAAAACCAGGAUGAAAUGAUCAAGAGUGGUCGGUUGUCUGAACCAUACAAGGGAAUUGGUGAUUGUUUCUCCCGAACCAUGAAGGAUGAAGGGAUGAUUGCUCUUUGGAGAGGAAACACGGCUAAUGUUAUCAGAUACUUCCCUACUCAGGCUCUGAACUUUGCUUUUAAGGAUUAUUUCAAGAGGCUUUUCAACUUCAAAAAGGAUAAAGAUGGCUACUGGAAGUGGUUUGCUGGGAAUCUAGCGUCCGGUGGGGCUGCUGGGGCUUCCUCCCUCUUGUUUGUCUAUUCGCUGGAUUAUGCUCGAACUCGUCUAGCAAAUGAUGCAAAGGCUGCAAAGAAGGGUGGUGAGAGGCAGUUCAAUGGUUUGGUUGAUGUUUACAGGAAAACCAUCAAGUCUGAUGGUGUUGCUGGCCUUUACCGUGGUUUCAACAUCUCGUGUGUUGGAAUCAUAGUGUACCGUGGUCUUUACUUUGGAAUGUAUGAUUCUUUGAAACCAGUUGUCUUGGUCGGUGGACUGCAGGAUAGCUUCUUUGCAAGUUUUCUUCUGGGAUGGGGAAUCACUAUAGGUGCUGGUUUGGCCUCUUACCCCAUUGAUACGGUGCGUAGAAGGAUGAUGAUGACAUCUGGAGAAGCUGUAAAAUACAAGAGUUCUUUGGAAGCAUUCAAGAUAAUUAUCGCAAAAGAGGGUACGAAGUCACUCUUUAAAGGUGCCGGUGCAAACAUAUUACGCGCUGUUGCAGGUGCCGGAGUGCUUGCUGGUUAUGAUAAGCUUCAGCUCAUCGUGUUCGGAAAGAAAUAUGGUUCUGGAGGUGGAGGUUAAGAUACAGAUAAUGACGACAAUAACGAUCUGGAGCAGUGAUGUCGUUUCCCUUUUGCAUUUGAAUAACUUCGAUGAAAAACGGUUUUGAAUUUUCCCCGAAUGUAGGGCCUUUAAAUUAGUCCUGCAAACUUGAAUUUUAGUUGGAUAUUACGUGUUAAGCUUAUAAUCCGUGUAAUUUUUUUCAGACAUUUUGGUUGAUGCAGUUGAAGUCUACUGUUUUAUUUGUUCA